ACUGCCCUAUGUAAUCGCCUCAUCAGCCUAACGCGUUGGAUUGGUAACACAGUAACAUUCAAAGACUCAUCUGGCUCCUUACUUCACCUUGAUGACGUUCAUAAUCUAGCUCUUUUGGGCCGGCUACUUUCUUCAACGAUACCAAGUCUCCUACGGGCAACCGUUUCCUCGGAAUGGUCGUCAGGCUCUGCAUUCCCUAUCGGCAGUUCAAAGCCUCUCGCCGGGCCUCUAGCUGGCUUUCAAACGCUUGUUAACCUUACACCUUGCCUCAGCCACAUCGACUCCGCGACUAUCACCGCCUCAGGCACCGGAAUUGGGGCUAUUUGUGAAUUAACCAGCGAACGCUCCCAAAGGCUCUCUAUGCGCCGCCUGGCUCUAUGGGUUGGUCUAAUUCGGGGUCUUGCUUCGGCAGGGCCCAGCUGCUGUCCUUUUAGAAAUGAUACUCCAGCAUCAAUAGCGGGAUCUAGUGCCUUCGAUGAAGGCGAGAAAAGUUUUGGCGAGACUACCACGUGGUUAUGGGUUUGUAUUUUAGUCCGUGUGCGUCACUAUCUUGAAAUACUGGACUACGAUCAGAAUGAGAAAAAAGGGAAUCGAGAAAAUGUUAAUGACACAAAAUUAAGCGAUGAAAGCGACUUUAUUGUUCAACUAGUCGAUCCCGACACUUCGAAUACAGAAGAAAAAGAGCUACAGAAUAUUGUUCAACGAAAGCAAUUAAUAGAUAUGCUCAAUCAAUUUCCCGUGUCAUUGCAGAUAACCGCUUGGUGCCAAUGUCUUACAUUCAUUCUUUUUCACGCCUCUAGAUUGGAAUUGGUAAAACCUCUGAGAGACAUUUCCGCCCGGUCACCACCCAAUAGCGCAUCGAAGGCUAAACGAAUAAGAUUGGAAAAAGUGUGA